AUGGAUGUGGAUAACGAAGUUUUGAUAGCCUUGGUAUUUGAUAAAGAACUUUUAUGGGACAAAAGAAAUAAGUUCCAUAGCAACAGAAAUGUCACCAAUAAGUGUUGGAAAGAGAUUUGUUUGGAAAUGAAACAGGAUGAAAACAAAAUAAGAAAACGAUGGAGAUAUCUCAGGGAUCAAUUCGCCGUAGAGUUAGGAAAGAUACCACCUUCUCGCUCUGGAGAUGAGGCGACUACAGUUUGUCCUAAGUGGCCCUAUUUGAAGCCCUUGCUUUUUCUAAAAUCAGUUGUGAAGGCAAGAGCCAGCACUGGAAAUUUGACGCGCCGAAGACCUCCAUCAGGUGAUGUGGACCCAGAUGCUGAAAUAGAAGACUCUCAAAGAACGAAUAACAUUGAUUUUUCUACUUCUCCUUCACCAAAGAACACGGAAGAUGGUGAUGCCAGUGACCAACCACCAGUGUCUCCUGCUAUGUCUACUUUUAAAACCGCUUCAAAAAGACCUAUAAAAACACUCAACGACCAAAUUUUGGACAUUGCACAUCAAAAACUGAAGUUUUUACAAGAAAAGGAAAAAUCCCGACAUAAUCGAACAGAUGCAGACAAUGAACUACCUCGAUGA